AUGAAGUUCUGUAUUACCUCUGCGACUCUCGGCCUUGCUUUGGCCGUCUCGGCCAGGCCUGAGCUGAUGAACACCAACAUGGUGAACAACCCUCACUUCAAGCGGGCCGAACGCGGCGAGUGGGCUCCUGCUGGACCUGAUGACUUUCGUGGUCCUUGCCCCAUGAUGAACACUUUGGCGAACCACGGUUUUCUGCCUCGUGAUGGCAGAAACCUCACGCAGGACACUGUUGUGAAUGCUUUGAAAGACGGCAUCAACUUCAACCAGACCCUUGGAGCCAUCAUGUUUAACCAGGCUACUGUCGCCAAUCCGGAGCCUAAUGCCACGUUCUUUACCUUGGACCACCUCAACCGUCACAACGUCCUCGAGCACGAUGCCAGUCUGAGUCGCACCGACGCCUUCUUUGGCAACAAUCACAUUUUCAACCAGAGCGUCUUCGACGAGUCCAGAUCCUACUGGACCAACGCUAUCCUCGACCCCAAGCAGUUGGCCAACAGCAAGAUUGCGCGUCAAGUCACCUCCAGGGCGUUCAACCCCAACUACACUUUCACCGCCAGCGUCGAGAACUUCAGUCUUGGAGAGGUCGCUGCCCCUAUCAUUGUCUUCGGUGACAUGGUCGCCGGUACUGUCCAGAAGGAUUUCGUCGAAUAUUUCUUCCAAAACGAGCGUCUGCCCGAGGAGCUUGGAUGGACCAAGAAGGCUGAGGCCGUUACCCUCGAGAACAUCCUCAGCGUCACGAAGAUGAUUGGUGAGGCGACCAGCCUUAUCACCGGCGGCGCCGAGGCUGCUCCUCACAAGCUCAAGAUGAGGGACUUACACAUGGGUCUCGGACUCCUGGGCGUUCAGAAGUAA